CCGGGAGGUGAAUAGGAAGUACUACGACCGAGAUGUGUGUCGCCUCUUCUUGGUCGGCCUUUGCCCUCACGAGCUCUUUCAGUUGACGGAGAGAUGGUUGGAGAUCACCCGAAUUCUCUGUUGGUCGGUGUGCUGAGUUGAGCAUGUCAAAUUCAUUGCUAGAUGGAAGAAAAUAAAACCUCAAAAUAUAUGUUUUGUGUUUUUGGAUCCUAUUUAGAAGAAAAUGGAUAUGGGGCCAUGUCCGAAGGUGCACUCCUUGCAGCUAAGGAAAGAAUAUGAAGAAGCCAAAGCAAAAGGUGUCCAUAAUUAUGACAGGGACUUGGAGGAUGUUAUUGAUAGGCUCAUUGUUGAGUGUGAUAGAAAAAUUGCUAGAGCUCUUAAGCGUCUUGAGGAUGAGGAUGCUAAAGCUGCUAUAGCAAUUUCAGUCUCUGAGGUUACUCAGACACCUGAGGUGCUUGAGUUGUCAAAGCAGAUUAAGGAGAAGUUGAAGGAAGCUGAUCAAUUUGAUCUUGAAGGCAAGACUGAUAGCAAGAUUCGAGCUCUAGAAGUAGUAGAAGAACUCAGAACGAAAAGAGCAGACAAGCAGUCUAUGCUUCUUCUGGAUGCCUUCAACAAGGAUAGAGCGUCUUUACCCCAACCCCUUCCAAACCCGCCCCCAUUGGCACCCUUGCCAGUACUUGCUCCUGAUCCUCGUACACAGGAAAUGAUAAAUGAGAAGCUGAAAAAGGCAGAGGAUCUUGGCGAACAAGGAAUGAUAGACGAGGCACAGAAAGCAUUGGAAGAGGCUGAAGCACUUAAGAAGCUGGCCCCUAGGCAGGAGCCUGUUCUUGAUUCUUCCAAGUACACUGCUGCUGAUGUGCGCAUUACUGAUCAGAAGCUACGCGUAUGUGACAUUUGUGGAGCAUUUUUGAGCGUUUAUGAUAGUGACCGUCGCUUAGCAGAUCAUUUUGGAGGAAAGCUUCAUUUGGGCUAUAUGCAAAUCCGUGAAAAGCUGGCAGAGCUUCAGGAGGAGAGAAACAAGAGCCGCAAGGUUGAUAGACAUGAGAAUGAUAGAAGAUCAAAGGAACGAAGCCGGGACCGUGACAGGGAAGCAAGCAAGGAUCGAGCAGAUAGCCGUGAGCGGGGAAGGGACCAUGAUCGUAGGAGCAGAGAUCGUGAUAGGUACCAUGAUCGUGAUCGUGGACAUGAUCGGGAGCGUGACAGAGAUUCUGACCGCCCCCGAAAUUAUGAUUCAAGAAGUCGACGCAGGUCACGCUCACGGUCUGGGGAACGCUCCAGGGACUAUGAUCGCUCCAGGGAUUAUGAUCGUCACAGGCGUUAUGAUCGAUACUAGAUCUGGGUUGGUGCAGUUGGGCAGAUAUGAAAAACUUGUGGGGUUUUUUUGUGUAUGUCAGACACUAGAUGAUCAUUGGAGUUGAGAUGAGGAGUCUUGCUUAGUUCAGAGAUGGAUGCUCAUGUAGGAAGGAAAGAUGUUUUACGCGCUUUGUUUUAAAAACUUAAGUAGAUUAUUGUAGUGUCUCCUACUAUGGGCGAAGAAGAAGAAUCAACUGCAUUGUAGAUGUUCCAGGCAUAUGUUUGAUUGCGUAGAUUUUUUAUUUAUGGCUAAAAUGAUUUAAUGUGUUUUGACAUUUGAUUGUGGGGGUAGGAACACUUCACUUUUAAGGCUUAAGCAUCACAGACAUGAACUCAAUCAGAAAUGGAUGUCACGGCAAAAUGAUUGGGGAAAUGUGGCUUUGAGAUGCUACGAUUAUCCAAGGUGAUGUGUGAUCUGCCUUCCUUCACCCUGUUUGUUUCAAUGGAAGAUGGAAUGGUUUUGCA